AUGGUUGCAUGGGCGGGGAUGGUUGCAUGGUGCAUGGGCGGGGAUGAGUGCAUGGGCGGGGAUGGUUGCAUGGGCGGGGAUGAGUGCAUGGGCGGGGAUGGUUGCAUGGGCGGGGAUGAGUGCAUGGGCGGGGAUGAGUGCAUGGGCGGGGAUGGUUGCAUGGGCGGGGAUGAGUGCAUGGGCGGGGAUGGUUGCAUGGGCGGGGAUGAGUGCAUGGGCGGGGAUGGUUGCAUGGGCGGGGAUGAGUGCAUGGGCGGGGAUGGUUGCAUGGGCGGGGAUGGUUGCAUGGGCGGGGAUGGUUGCAUGGGCGGGGAUGGUUGCAUGGGCGGGGAUGAGUGCAUGGGCGGGGAUGGUUGCAUGGGCGGGGAUGGUUGCAUGGGCGGGGAUGAGUGCAUGGGCGGGGAUGGUUGCAUGGGCGGGGAUGAGUGCAUGGGCGGGGAUGGUUGCAUGGGCGGGGAUGGUUGCAUGGGCGGGGAUGGUUGCAUGGGCGGGGAUGAGUGCAUGGGCAGGGAUGGUUGCAUGGGCGGGGAUGGUUGCAUGGGCGGGGAUGAGUGCAUGGGCGGGGAUGGUUGCAUGGGCGGGGAUGGUUGCAUGGGCGGGGAUGGUUGCAUGGGCGGGGAUGGUUGCAUGGGCGGGGAUGAGUGCAUGGGCGGGGAUGGUUGCAUGGGCGGGGAUGAGUGCAUGGGCGGGGAUGGUUGCAUGGGCGGGGAUGAGUGCAUGGGCGGGGAUGGUUGCAUGGGCGGGGAUGGUUGCAUGGGCGGGGAUGAGUGCAUGGGCGGGGAUGGUUGCAUGGGCGGGGAUGAGUGCAUGGGCGGGGAUGAGUGCAUGGGCGGGGAUGAGUGCAUGGGCGGGGAUGGUUGCAUGGGCGGGGAUGAGUGCAUGGGCGGGGAUGGUUGCAUGGGCGGGGAUGAGUGCAUGGGCGGGGAUGGUUGCAUGGGCGGGGAUGAGUGCAUGGGCGGGGAUGGUUGCAUGGGCGGGGAUGAGUGCAUGGGCGGGGAUGAGAGCAUGGGCGGGGAUGGUUGCAUGGGCGGGGAUGGUUGCAUGGGCGGGGAUGAGUGCAUGGGCGGGGAUGAGUGCAUGGGCGGGGAUGGUUGCAUGGGCGGGGAUGGUUGCAUGGGCGGGGAUGAGUGCAUGGGCGGGGAUGAGUGCAUGGGCGGGGAUGGUUGCAUGGGCGGGGAUGAGUGCAUGGGCGGGGAUGGUUGCAUGGGCGGGGAUGAGUGCAUGGGCGGGGAUGAGUGCAUGGGCGGGGAUGAGUGCAUGGGCGGGGAUGAGUGCAUGGGCGGGGAUGGUUGCAUGGGCGGGGAUGGUUGCAUGGGCGGGGAUGGUUGCAUGGGUGGGGAUGGUUGCAUGGGCGGGGAUGAAUGCAUGGGCGGGGAUGAGUGCAUGGGCGGGGAUGAGUGCAUGGGCGGGGAUGAGUGCAUGGGCGGGGAUGGUUGCAUGGGCGGGGAUGGUUGCAUGGGCGGGGAUGGUUGCAUGGGUGGGGAUGGUUGCAUGGGCGGGGAUGGUUGCAUGGGCGGGGAUGAGUGCAUGGGCGGGGAUGGUUGCAUGGGCGGGGAUGAGUGCAUGGGCGGGGAUGGUUGCAUGGGCGGGGAUGAGUGCAUGGGCGGGGAUGGUUGCAUGGGCGGGGAUGAGUGCAUGGGCGGGGAUGAGUGCAUGGGCGGGGAUGAGUGCAUGGGCGGGGAUGAGUGCAUGGGCGGGGAUGGUUGCAUGGGCGGGGAUGGUUGCAUGGGCGGGGAUGGUUGCAUGGGUGGGGAUGGUUGCAUGGGCGGGGAUGAAUGCAUGGGCGGGGAUGAGUGCAUGGGCGGGGAUGAGUGCAUGGGCGGGGAUGAGUGCAUGGGCGGGGAUGAGUGCAUGGGCGGGGAUGAGUGCAUGGGCGGGGAUGGUUGCAUGGGCGGGGAUGGUUGCAUGGGCGGGGAUGGUUGCAUGGGUGGGGAUGGUUGCAUGGGCGGGGAUGGUUGCAUGGGCGGGGAUGAGUGCAUGGGCGGGGAUGAGUGCAUGGGCGGGGAUGGUUGCAUGGGCGGGGAUGGUUGCAUGGGCGGGGAUGAGAGCAUGGGCGGGGAUGGUUGCAUGGGCGGGGAUGGUUGCAUGGGCGGGGAUGAGUGCAUGGGCGGGGAUGAAUGCAUGGGCGGGGAUGAGUGCAUGGGCGGGGAUGAGUGCAUGGGCGGGGAUGAGUGCAUGGGCGGGGAUGAGUGCAUGGGCGGGGAUGAGUGCAUGGGCGGGGAUGGUUGCAUGGGCGGGGAUGGUUGCAUGGGCGGGGAUGGUUGCAUGGGUGGGGAUGGUUGCAUGGGCGGGGAUGGUUGCAUGGGCGGGGAUGAGUGCAUGGGCGGGGAUGAGUGCAUGGGCGGGGAUGGUUGCAUGGGCGGGGAUGAGUGCAUGGGCGGGGAUGGUUGCAUGGGCGGGGAUGAGUGCAUGGGCGGGGAUGAGUGCAUGGGCGGGGAUGAGUGCAUGGGCGGGGAUGAGUGCAUGGGCGGGGAUGAGUGCAUGGGCGGGGAUGGUUGCAUGGGCGGGGAUGGUUGCAUGGGCGGGGAUGGUUGCAUGGGCGGGGAUGAGUGCAUGGGCGGGGAUGAGUGCAUGGGCGGGGAUGAGUGCAUGGGCGGGGAUGAGUGCAUGGGCGGGGAUGAGUGCAUGGGCGGGGAUGAGUGCAUGGGCGGGGAUGAGUGCAUUAUACACAGUGUGGACACACCUCCUCCCUUGCAAUCCUCGUUUUGCUCCCAUGGACUCCGUAAUCUCCUUCAACCAAUCCCAUCCAUCCCACCCCGGCCAUUCAACCCUCUCCGUUGCCCAUCCCUCCAUGCAGCACGCAUCUGCAGUGCGCCCUCACAGGCAGCACCACCACGCACACAGCAGCAGCCAUCCGCCGCCACACCGCAGGCCACCACUUUCAAGCUGCUCUUGCCAGAUUGGAGCCCAACAAGGCUGCUGUGCAGCGACUGGAUCAG